GGAAACCGAGGGGGAUGCAGUUCCCGAAGCGGCGGUAACGCCUAGCUCGUCCUCCCCGGUUCCUUCUCCUCCCCUCACGCCGUCCCUCAGCGGGUUCCCCCUUUCCUGUGCCCCUCCCCUCGUUCCCUCGGCUAUUCUCUCGUGGCUGGGGUGGUGGCCACCCUUCAGGUGGGGCCAGGAGAUCCACCACUGGUCUCCAGGCAACAGGGACCAGUUCCUCCGGAGGAUGGGUUUCUAUGGCGUCGUACCCUGCUGAUGGUCCCAGACUCCCAGCCGCCUCCCUCCCCGGGCUCAGCCCGCAAGUCGCCAGGAAUUUCCUAACCUGGAAUUGGCAGCCCCGCAUCAUUUCUGUCUCUGCCCACUUCUUUGCUUCCCAGAUCUUAAACAACGGUGGUAAAGUGAUAUAUGCAGAGAAGCAGAUACAGCAGAAGACAAGAAAAAAGAAUCCAUCCCACCCACCCAACAGUGGGAACUGCCUCUGAAAACUCUGCGGGACAGGGUCACAUGAAACUGCCUUAUACGACCACCGGCCUGUCAAGCAGUUUUCCUUUCUGCAUUUGACACCCCCCCACAACAAAGAAAGCCCCACCAUGCCGACUGUGGUGGUGAUGGACGUGUCCCUCUCCAUGACCCGGCCGGUCUCCGUUGAGGGUUCGGAGGAAUAUCAGCGAAAACAUCUCGCCGCCCAUGGCCUGACCAUGCUGUUUGAACACAUGGCUACCAACUACAAACUGGAAUUCACGGCCUUAAUCGUGUUUUCAUCCCUCUGGGAGCUGAUAGUGCCCUUCACAAGAGACUACAACACACUCCAGGAGGCCCUGAGCAAUAUGGAUGACUACGACAAGACCUGCCAGGUUGUCCUCGUCACCGACGGCAGCUUAGGCAUCGGCAAGGGCUCCCUCCGCCACUCCUUAGCCACUCUCAGCCAGCAGAAGGAGAACCGCUUCCCCCUGCCGUUCCCCUUUCCGUCCAAGUUGUACAUCAUGUGCAUGGCCAACCUGGAGGAGCUGCAGAGCUCAGAUUCUUUAGACUGUCUGGAACGCCUGAUAGAUUUAAACAACGGGGAGGGACAGAUCUUCACCAUCGAUGGACCCCUGUGCUUGAAGAACGUGCAGUCCAUGUUCGGAAAGCUAAUAGACGUGGCUUACACUCCGUUCCACGCAGUUCUGAAAUGUGGUCACCUGUCUUCAGAUGUGCAAGUGUUCCCCAGGCCGGAGCCAUUCGUGAUCGACGAGGAGAUAGAUCCUAUCCCGAAAACCAUUAAUACAGACUUGGAGCUGGUUGGAUUCAUCGACAUAGCAGAUAUUUCCAGUCCCCCCGUGCUAUCGAGGCACUUGGUGUUGCCCAUCGCCCUCAACAAAGAAGGUGACGAAGUGGGGCCGGGAAUCACCGACGAUGCGGAAGACGAGAAUUCGGCCAAUCAGAUUGCGGGCAAGAGCCCCAACUUCUGCGUGCUCUUGCAUGGGAGCUUGAAGGUGGAGGGCAUGGUGGCCAUUGUCCAGUUAGGGCCAGAAUGGUACGGGAUGCUGUAUUCCCAAGCCGACAGCAAGAAGAAGUCAAACCUGAUGAUGUCUCUCUUUGAGCCGGGCCCAGAACCUCUCCCUUGGCUGGGCAAGAUGUCCCAGCUGGGCCCCAUCUCAGAUGCCAAAGAGAACCCCUACGGGGAGGAUGACAACAAGAGCCCCUUUCCCUUGCAGCCCAAGAACAAGCGCAGCUACGCACAGAACGUCACCGUGUGGAUUAAACCCAAUGGCCUCCAGACAGACGUACAGAAGAUCCUCAGGAACGCACGGAAACUCCCGGAAAAGACACAGACCUUCUACAAGGUGAGGCGCAAUGGGCUCUCGAACUGAACCUUGAACCGCUUACGAAAGGCUGCCUUGGCAUUUGGGUUUCUGGACCUUCUCAAAGGCGUGGCCGAUAUCCUCGAAAGAGAGUGCACCCUGCUGCCAGACACGGCCCACCCUGACGCCGCCUUCCAGCUGACCCAUGCAGCCCAGCAGCUCAAGCUGGCCAGCACGGGCACCUCCAACCACGCAACCUUCGACCACAACAUCACCCCGCUGCAGACGGACUUCUCCAGCAGCGGGACAGACCGGCUGUGAGGCCCAAGAGCUCCGGCCGGCCCCCUAACUGCGCUGGGGGGGUCUCUUCCCUGUUCUCCUGUCUCCGAACAGUGAGAGUGGACUUCUGUUUUAUUAUUAAAUGUGUUCUGUUUGUAUCUCCCCUCCUCUCUUUCGCAUCAGAGGCAACUGUCUUUGUGUGCUACAAAACAGUCUCAAGAUCUCACUGGAGGAACACGUGUUCCUUUGAGAUGAACUCGAGGCACCGAGGAUGGAAUCGAGUGAUUCUCGGACAUCCGUGCACGGUUUGAGGGCCUGGAAACGUGAGCGCCACUCAAAAACCCCUUAAUUCAGC